AUGGCUGUGCCCUUCGUGGAGGACUGGGACCUGGUGCAGACCCUGGGCGAAGGAGCGUACGGGGAGGUGCAGCUGGCGGUCAACCGCCGCACGGAGGAGGCAGUGGCGGUGAAGAUCGUGGACAUGAAGCGGGCAGCGGACUGCCCAGAGAACAUCCGCAAGGAGAUCUGCAUCAACAAGAUGCUGAACCACGAGAACGUGGUCAAGUUCUACGGGCACCGGCGGGAGGGUGCCACCCAGUACCUGUUCCUGGAGUACUGCAGCGGGGGAGAGCUCUUCGACCGCAUCGAGCCGGACGUGGGCAUGCCGGAGCCGGAGGCGCAGAGAUUCUUCCAGCAGCUGAUCGCCGGCGUGGUCUACCUGCACAGCAUUGGCAUCACCCACCGGGACCUGAAGCCGGAGAACCUGCUGCUGGAUGGGCGAGACACGCUGAAGAUCUCUGACUUCGGGCUGGCGACGGUGUUCCGGCACCACGGCCGCGAGCGGCUGCUGACCAAGAUGUGUGGGACCCUGCCCUACGUGGCCCCCGAGCUGCUGCGCAGCCCUGGCUUCAAGGCCGAGCCUGUGGACGUCUGGGCCUGCGGCGUGGUGCUGACAGCAAUGCUGGCAGGGGAGCUGCCCUGGGACCAACCCAGCGACAGCUGCCAGGAGUACAGCGACUGGAAGGAGAAGAAAACCUACCUGUCCCCCUGGAAAAAAAUCGACUCUGCUCCCCUGGCCUUGCUGCACAAGAUCCUGACGGAGAGCCCCACGGCCAGGAUCACCAUCCCUGACAUCAAGAAGGAUCGGUGGUACAGCAGACCCCUCAAGAAGGGUGCCAAGCGAGCUCCAGGCUCCUCGGGGGGGGUCAGCGACUCUCCUGGUGCCCUCUCCAAGCACAUUCGCUCCGACACAGACUUCUCGCCGGUGAAGAGCGUCCUGGGUGAGGACAGGAUGAGCUUCUCCACGUCGCAGCCGGAGCCUGGCACCGUGGGCACACUGUGGGACAAUGCAGCCACCAGCAUCGACCAACUGGUGCAGGGCAUCAGCUUCUCCCAGCCUGCCUGCCCUGAGCACAUGCUGGUCAACAGCCAGCUCCUGGGCACCCCUGGAUCCUCCCAGAGCCCCUGGCAGCGGCUGGUGAAGCGCAUGACUCGGUUCUUCACCAAGCUGGACGCCGAUGGCUCCUACCGCGCCCUGCAGGAGGCCUGUGAGAAGCUGGGGUACGGCUGGAAGAAAAGCUGCACCAACCAGGUCACCAUCUCCACCACAGACAAGAGGAACAACAAACUCAUCUUCAAGGUGAACCUGGUGGAGAUGGAGAGCAAGAUUUUGGUGGAUUUUCGUCUCUCCAAAGGCGAUGGCCUGGAGUUCAAGAGGCAUUUCCUGAAGAUCAAGGCCAAGCUCAGCGACAUUGUCAGCACCCAGAAAGUCUGGCUGCCCCCCACCUGA